UUCAAUUUAAUAUUCAUCGAUGAAAGUCCUUCAUUGAGGUAAUUCUUACGAUAUAUAGUUACUAUGCACAUAAUAAUGGUUAUUAUAUGAUACAAAAUUGUUUCAGAAAAAUCUUCAAUGUUUCGUCCGUUCAGACAUUUCACUUGCAUCAACAAUUUUUAAUUUGUGUUACACAAGAUGCACGAAAUGUAUCCAAAACUGUGCAUAAAAUUUUCGAAAUUGUAAUGGAUAUGGGCUUUUUCAAAGUGAAUGUUUUGAUAAAACGUGAAAAUGUCUCAAUAUGGACUAUUUAUAAGUACAAACCAUUCCUUCGAAGUUGUAAUUCAAUCGAUAUUCAUAAAAUAGAAAGCUUUUCUUUGAAUAAUUAUACAAGCAAGUUAAAUCAUUCACUGGAACAAUUGUAUCCAUCGAGACACUUCAAAUUUCCCAACUGUCCCCUGCAUAUUUCAACAAUUUCCUUUGAACCAUUCGUUAUAAUUCGAAAAAAAUCCAACGGGAUAGUUACCUUUGAUGGUUUUGAUGUCAUUGUUGUCAAUGAAAUCGCGAAAACAAUGAAUUUGAUUCCAAAGUAUAAGCAAGCACCUGGUAAGAAUAAUCGUGGAAUAAUUGCAGAAAAUGGUAGUGUAACAGGUGCAAUGGAAAUGGUAGUAAAUGGCACUGCAACAAUGACGAUUGGUGCGUAUGCAUUAUCUUUAGAAAGAGCAUCAAUAAUGACACCCAGUAUUGUUUACAUGCAACAAGCAUUCAUUUUUGCAUUCGUUAAUAACGUCAUUCUUUCAACACCUCUUUGGAGGUUAAUGGGACCAUUUCAAAGUUAUGUCUGGAUUUCGAUUGCACUGCUUCUUGGCAUAUCGUUUUCAAUUAUAUUGUUAUCGAAAAAAUUAUCAAUGCGACAAAGGCACUUUGUGAUUGGAGGACGGAUGAAUCGCACUCCCAUUUUGAACUUAAUGAAUGUUCUGAUCGGAAACGUCAUACCAAAUAGACAAAUGGCAAAUAGACGAUAUUUCGGCGUGUUUGCUCGGACUUUAACCAUUUUUUGGAUAUUUCUAUGGCUGAUUAUUCGGAAUUCAUACCAAGGUUCUCUAUACGGUUUUUUACAAACACAACGGAAUAACUCACCAUAUGAUACAGUCAACAAAAUACGAGAUUCAGAUGUCAAUAUCAUAAUACCUUCUACAUCACUACAAUUAAUUCCAAAAGUCUUUAACACCGAAAGACUAAUUCCAGUUGAUCACGGCGAUUUCGAAGGAUUGGAAAACUUAUGGAAUGGUCAAUCAGAAGGUGUAUUUUUUUCAAAUGAUCUAUGUGUUUUUUAUUUCAAUUUCAUCAAGAACUCUUGGCAUCGUAUUAGUACUUCUAGAGAUGUAGUCCGACCACAUACAUUAGUAUUUUAUUUUCGUAAAAAUUCAAUUUUAACAUGGAAAUUUAAUCGAAAAAUUGAAAGAUGCGAUCAAGCUGGUCUGAUAACUCAUUGGAUCUCAAAAUACAGACAGAAACCAAAAGAAGCCAAAUAUAAAGGUCCAUCAAAAUUGAAAAUGGUUCAUGUCAUUGCAAUCUUACAAAUAUCGGCUAUCAUGUAUUUAAUCGCUUUUUUCGUCUUUUUGAUGGAAAUAUUUGCAUACGAAGAUGGAUAUAUCAAGAAAGUAUUAGAUUUUUUAACAUAUUAG